AUGGUUUCCACAAAAGUAAAACCAACUACCACUACAACACCAACAACUACUGUAAAUAAAACAACACAACCAACCACUACCACCACUGCAUCAAAAAAAGUUAAACAAACUAAACAAUCAAAAGCACAAGCUAAAGAAAUUCAAGAAUUAGCAUCAACUCCAUCAGUAAAACAAAUUCAAUCUCAAAAAGUAUUAGUACCAAAAUUAGAAGAAACUAAACCAAUUACACCACCAGAUCAAGAAGAAGAAGAUCAAGAGGAAGAAGAACAAGAACAAGAAGAAGAAGAAAAUGAAAAUAAUGAUAAUAAUACAGGAAAUGUUUCAGAAAAAGAAUUAGGAAUUUCAAAAGAAUCAAUUGAAUUUUCAAAUUUACCAAUUGAAGAAAAUACAAAGAAAUCAAUUGAAGAGAUGGGAUUUAAAAAGAUGACACCAAUUCAAGCAAAAUCUAUUUUACCAUUAUUAGAGGGUAAAGAUUUAUUGGGUGCAGCACGUACUGGUAGUGGAAAGACAUUAGCAUUUUUAAUACCAGCAAUUGAAGUAUUGGUAAAGAGUAAUUUUAAACCAAGAAAUGGUACAGGUGUUAUUAUCAUUUCACCAACUCGUGAAUUAGCAUUACAAAUCUACGGUGUCGCUAGAGAACUCAUGAAAUAUCAUACACAAACUCAUGGUAUCGUAAUUGGUGGUGCAUCAAAGAAACCAGAGGAAGAGAGAUUAGAGAAAGGUGUAAAUCUUUUAGUUGCAACACCAGGUCGUUUAUUAGAUCAUUUACAAAAUACCAAAGGUUUCAUUACAAAGAAUUUGAAAUGUUUAAUCAUUGAUGAAGCCGACCGUAUCCUUGAAGUUGGUUUCGAAGAAGAGAUGCAUCAAAUUAUUAAAAAAGUACCAAAAACACGUCAAACAAUGUUAUUCUCUGCAACUCAAACUAGAAAAGUAGAUGAUAUCGCUAAAGUUUCUUUAAAUAAUUCUCCAGUUUAUGUUGGUGUUGAUGAUGAACGUGAAAUUAGUACUGUAGAAGGUUUGGAGCAAGGUUAUGUAGUUUGUCCAAGUGAACGUCGUUUCCUCUUACUUUACACCUUUUUAAAGAAGAAUCUUUCAAAGAAGAUCAUUGUUUUCCUUAGUUCUUGUAAUGCCGUUAAAUAUACCGCUGAAUUGCUAAACUAUAUCGAUAUACCUGUAUUGGAAUUACAUGGUCGUCAAAAACAACAAAAACGUACCAACACCUUUUACGAAUUUGUCAAUGCUGAAAAAGGUAUACUCAUUUGUACUGAUGUGGCCGCUAGAGGUUUGGAUAUUCCUUCAGUAGAUUGGAUCAUUCAAUAUGAUCCUCCCGAUGAUCCAAAAGAGUACAUUCACAGGGUUGGUCGUACCGCUAGAGGUGUCGGUAAGAAAGGUCGUGCUCUCUUAUUCCUCUUACCAAAGGAAUUGGGUUUCCUUAAAUAUUUAAAACUCGCUAAAGUACCUCUAAACGAAUACGAAUUCCCAAAGAGUAAAAUUGCAAAUGUUCAAGAUCAAUUGGAAAAAGUGGUCUCCCAAAAUUUUUAUCUCUACAAUAGUGCUCGUGAUGCUUACAAAGCUUACAUUUGUGCUUACGCUUCUCAUUCCCUCAAAGAUAUUUUCGAUGUCAAUGCUUUAGACUUACAAUGUGUAGCUAAAGCUUUUGGUUUCCUUGAUCCUCCAAAAGUUAAUCUCAAUGUAAAUUCAAGUGGUAAAGCUGAUUUCCAAAAGAAAUCAAAUAAUAAAUCUGGUUUCGCUCAAAAACAAUAUGGUAGUAAAUUUCCUCCAAAAGAUGGUAGACAAUUUGAUCGUUAA